UCCAUUUUACAGAUACUAGGAAAAAAGUGAGUCAAGUUGUCAUCCUUUGAAAUCCUUCUAACCAAAGAUACAAGAACAUUCUUGGGAUUAAUACUGAUCUAAAUGCUUCUGAACUGAGGAAAUGCUUUAGGAUUGCUCUCCUGACAGAAGCURUACAAAAAUGAUAUACUGAAGGCUCUGCUUGCUCUUCUGGGAAGACUAUAACUGCACUUUCAUAUUGCAGUUUGCUGCUCCGCAAAAGACAAUGUAAUAACGAAAAUAACAGUAAUUUAUGUGACACUAGCAGGUUCCCUCCCAUUGAUUGGACAUGAGUGAUCAAAGGCCUUCGCAAGAAGAUAAGCACAAAGUUAGCAGAUCUUCCUCGAAGUUCAGGGAGUCUUCAAGAAGCAUGCAGUCGGACGAUUAUUUUGCUAGAAAACUUAAAGCUUUGAAUGGUAGCAUGGGCCCUCCUGUUUCUUCGAGUGCACCUAGCAAACCUGAAAGCAAUCAAGCAAAUGGUACACCAGCUGUGCCUAAAAUGGGGGUUCGAGCAAGGGUAUCUGAGUGGCCUCCUAAAAAGGAUUCCUCUAAGGAGCUGAGUAAAGCUGCGUGGGAAAGUAGACCUCAAACCAGUUAUGAAGGUGUUGGAGCGAUACUUCCUAACGGACAAACUGACCAAAGUGAUGAGCAGCAAGAGGAGCUGGAGCUGGAGUUCACAGAGGGCAAAUACACUAUUGGAGAUCUUUUUGUUCAUUCCCCUCAAAGAGGACUUCAUCCCAUAAGGCAGAGGAGCAACAGUGAUGUGACAAUAAGUGACAUUGAUGCUGAGGAUGUCUUAGAUCAGAAUGCUGUUAACCCGAAUACUGGAGCAGCCCUCCACAGGGAAUAUGGCAGCACUUCUUCAAUUGAUAGACAGGGCUUGUCUGGAGAGAAUUUUUUUGCAAUGCUAAGAGGAUAUCGAGUGGAAAAUUUUGAACAUAAAUCCCUUGCGCCGUUUGGAUUUUCUGAGUUUUUCCACUGCGAUCCCACAGUUUCUCCAAGUCUUCAUGCUGCUGCGCAGAUUUCCAGGGGAGAAUUUGUCAGGAUUUCUGGCUUGGAUUAUAUGGAUAGAGGCCUGCUUAUUGGUCGAGACCGGGAAAAAUCUUUUAAGAGAAGAUUAAAAUCAGAAACAGUAGAAACUUCUCUAUUUAGAAAAUUGCGAACGGUUAAAAGCGAGCAUGAAACUUUUAAGUUUCCAUCCGAGCUGGAUGACAGGCUUGACAGAAACGUUCGUUCGUGGAACUGUCAGAGAUGUUUUGCACAUUACGAUGUUCAGAGCGUUUUAUUUAACAUAAAUGAAGCAAUGGCUACCAGAGUAAAUGUGGGAAAAAGAAAAAAUAUAACCACUGGGGCUUCAGCUGCAUCCCAAACGCAGAUGCCAGCAGGCCAAAUGGGAAACUGUGAAUCUCCUCUGGGGAGCAAAGAGGACCUCAAUUCAAAAGAGAAUUUAGAUGCUGAUGAGGGUGAUGGGAAAAGCAAUGAUUUAGUAUUGAGUUGCCCUUACUUCAGGAAUGAAACUGGUGGGGAAGGAGAUAGACGGAUUGCACUUUCUAGAGCCAAUUCAGCAUCUUUUUCCUCGGGUGAAAGCUGUUCUUUUGAGUCGUCUUUAAGUUCCCAUUGUACAAAUGCUGGUGUUUCAGUGCUGGAAGUGCCAAGAGAAAAUCAGUCAAUCCACAGGGAGAAAGUGAAGCGUUACAUCAUAGAGCACAUCGACCUCGGCGCGUAUUACUACCGCAAGUUCUUCUAUGGAAAAGAGCACCAGAACUACUUUGGAAUAGAUGAAAGUCUUGGACCUGUAGCAGUCAGCAUCCGAAGGGAAAAAGUUGAAGACUUAAAGGAGAAAGAAGGCUCUCAAUUCAACUAUCGAAUAGUUUUCAGGACAAGUGAGCUUACUACCCUUAGAGGAGCAAUUUUGGAAGACGCUAUACCAUCCACGGCUAGGCACGGCACAGCGAGAGGCCURCCCCUCAAAGAGGUGCUGGAAUAUGUAAUACCAGAGCUGAGCAUUCAGUGCCUGAGGCAGGCAUCCAACUCACCCAAAGUCCCUGAACAGCUGCUUAAACUGGAUGAACAAGGGCUGAGUUUUCAACACAAGAUUGGUAUCCUUUACUGCAAAGCUGGUCAAAGCACAGAGGAAGAAAUGUAUAACAAUGAGAUGGCAGGGCCAGCGUUUGAAGAGUUUCUUGAUCUCCUGGGCCAGAGAGUACGGCUAAAAGGGUUUACUAAAUACAGAGCUCAGCUAGAUAAUAAAACUGAUUCAACGGGAACUCAUUCCCUCUAUACUACCUAUAAAGAUUAUGAGUUAAUGUUUCAUGUAUCAACAAUGCUUCCAUAUAUGCCCAAUAAUAGGCAACAGCUGCUAAGGAAAAGGCAUAUAGGAAAUGAUAUAGUUACCAUUGUCUUCCAAGAGCCAGGAGCACUUCCUUUUACUCCAAAAAAUAUUCGUUCCCACUUUCAACAUGUGUUUGUCAUAGUCAAAGUGCAUAAUCCUUGCACUGAAAAUGUGUGCUAUAGUGUUGGUGUUUCAAGAUCAAAAGAUGUUCCUCCGUUUGGUCCACCCAUUCCCAAAGGAGUAACUUUCCCCAAAUCCGCAGUCUUCAGGGACUUUCUUUUAGCCAAAGUCAUUAAUGCUGAGAAUGCAGCACACAAGUCAGAAAAAUUUCGAGCUAUGGCCACAAGGACACGUCAAGAAUACUUGAAAGAUCUGGCAGAAAAUUUUGUUACUACGGCCACAGUGGAUACUUCAGCAAAGUUCAGCUUUAUUACUUUAGGGGCAAAAAAAAAAGAAAAAGUGAAGCCAAGGAAAGAUGCACAUUUAUUUAGUAUUGGCGCAAUUAUGUGGAAUGUGAUUGCACGAGAUUUUGGCCAGUCUGCUGACAUUGAAUGUCUCCUUGGAAUCUCCAAUGAAUUCAUCAUGUUGAUUGAAAAAGAAUCAAAAAAUGUUGUGUUUAACUGCUCCUGCAGAGAUGUUAUUGGAUGGACAUCUGGGUUAAUGAGCAUCAAAGUAUUUUAUGAAAGAGGAGAAUGUAUUCUUCUGUCUGCAGCAGAUAACUGUACUGAAGACAUCAGAGAAAUUGUUCAAAGACUUGAAAUAGUGACCAGAGGAUGUGAAACCACAGAAAUGACCCUUCGGAGGAAUGGCUUGGGCCAGCUGGGAUUCCACGUGAACUUUGAAGGAAUAGUGGCCGACGUGGAGCCCUUUGGCUUUGCAUGGAAGGCCGGCUUAAGGCAAGGGAGCCGCCUGGUUGAGAUCUGUAAAGUGGCCGUGGCGACUUUGACUCAUGAGCAAAUGAUUGACCUUCUACGCACGUCAGUCACAGUAAAGGUGGUGAUAAUUCAGCCACACGAGGAUGGAGCACCUAGAAGGGGUUGUUCAGAACUUUGUCGUAUACCCAUGGUGGAAUACAAACUUGACAGUGAAGGCACCCCAUGUGAGUAUAAAACCCCUUUCAGAAGGAAUACUACUUGGCAUCGGGUGCCGACUCCCGCUGGGCAGCCUCUCUCUCGUGCCUCUCCAAUCCUAGGAACAUCUGACAGACUGCAGUGCCAGCAGCUUCUCCAGCAGGCUCAGACAGCCAUUCCUCGCAGCACUUCCUUUGAUAGAAAACUACCAGAUGGUGCAAGAAGUUCACCAAGCAACCAGUCCUCCUCCAGUGACCCAGGACCCAGUGGCAGUAGCCAGUGGAGACAACAAGUGGGAUAUGACGGGUGUCAAUCCCCAUUACUUCAUGAACACCAAGGUUCAGGUUCACUGGAGUGUGAAGGAGGCAGAGAACGAGAGGAAACCUUGGAAGGAGCCAGACAUUCUGAAACCAAGUGGCAUGCACCCUCGACCAAAGUCCUGAGUUCCUACAAAGAUCGGGCGUUACAAAAAGACGGCAGCGGCAAGGAUUCGCCAAACAAACUUUCACAUAUCGGAGACAAAAGCUGUUCCAGCCACUCCAGCAGCAACACCCUCUCCAGUAAUACCUCCAGCAACAGUGAUGAAAAACACUUCGGUUCUGGAGACCUGAUGGACCCUGAACUGCUCGGGCUGACGUAUAUAAAAGGGGCUUCGACGGACAGCGGCAUCGACACCGCUCCGUGCCUGCCCGCGCCGCUCCUGGCCCCGCUGCACCUCGGUGGCAGCCGGGCUGGCGGGCACUGCCGCGCCGAGCAGUGGCCUGAACCCGCCGAAAGCGCCGGGCCGGAGGAGGAGCCGGCCAAGAUCUACGCMGUGCACAGCUACGCCGCUGCCAUUGCUGCCGGCCAUACCGCCGAGGGCAGUAUGGGAGACCUGAGCGAAAUAUCCUCCCAUUCCAGUGGGUCACAUCAUUCAGGAAGCCCAUCAACACAUUGCUCUAAGAAGAGCGGCUCCCUAGAUACCUCCAAGGUCUAUAUAGUGUCGCAGAAUAGUAGUCAACAGAUUUCUGGGGCAAUUUCCAAACCCUAUCACAGACAAGGAGCAGUGAGUAAAUACGUCAUUGGAUGGAAAAAAUCAGAAGGUAGUCCAACACCUGAAGAAUCUGAAGUUUCUGAAUGCCAUGAAGUGUAUGGUGAUAUCGAUGCCGUGUCCGCCUCAAGCCCACUCCAGGCUUCUGCGAGGAGUGCCAUUGCUGAAAGCCAGCAAGUACUAUCCAAAGAAGAUUUUCUGAAGAUGAUGUUGCCAGACAGCCUCUCUGGGGAGGAGGGGAGAAGAAAGUUUUCAUUUUAUGGGAACCUUUCUCCACGGAGGACACUCUAUCGUACCUUAUCUGAUGAGAGCAUAUGCAGCAAUCGAAGAGGAUCUUCAUAUGCAAGUUCUCGAAGUUCAAUGCUAGACCAGGCUUUGCCAAAUGAUAUUUUGUUCAGCACUACUCCACCAUAUCACAGCACUUUGCCUCCCAGAAUGAGUGCGACUCCUGGAAUGGGAAAUCUGAGAAAUGAAUUCUGGUUCUCAGAUGGGUCCUUAUCUGAUAAAGCCAAAUUCAAUGAUCCUGGCCUGAUGCCCCUGCCAGACACUGCCACAGGGCUAGACUGGUCCCACCUGGUAGAUGCUGCACGAGCGUUUGAAGGUUUUGACUCAGAUGAAGAACUUGGGCCGCUCUGUCAUUACACGCCGUUUCUAGAUCAGAGAGUAGCAUCUUUUUGCACCCUGAGCGAUAUGCAGCAAGUGCAGGAUUUGGAGGGAGCACAAGAGUUACAAUUGGAUGAGAGUCCCCCAGAUGGAAAAGAUUUCCUCGAGGCUGCUGGGGAACAUGCUCCCACUACGCUGACUGGAAAAGUGAACCAGCUAGAGGUGAUCCUCCGGCAGCUACAAACUGACCUGAGAAAGGAAAAACAGGACAAAGCAGUUCUCCAAGCAGAGGUGCAGCAUCUGAGACAAGAUAACAUGAGACUGCAAGAGGAGUCUCAAACAGCAGCUGCUCAACUGAGGAAAUUUACAGAAUGGUUUUUCAAUACGAUAGACAAAAAAUCUUAAUGUUUGGGCCAUUUGAAAAUCCUUACUUCAACAGUACAACGGCUGUAUUUUUGRAUUAGCGGGGUAAUAAUUUCACUGUGUUCACAAUCCAUUUUAGGUGUUUCUGCUAAAUUCUCUAUCCAGCUUUAUUCAUUUGAACAGGAGAGAGAACUGUGGUCAUCUGUCUUUAGAUUCCUAUGAAGAAAGCAGAGAAUAGCAGAUGUUUGUUUGUGUGAAGAUGAAUGUAAAAAUUAUUGGUGUCAUUUUAGACAUUUUUAGAAGAUGCUCUGGCUGGGGCUUGCCUGAAGAGGAAUAUUUGGGGGGUUAGUUCCUGCAUUUCAGGUGCAUUGGUGAAAUGUUAAAGCAAUUUACAUUAGCUUGGGCUUCAGUAUUGUAAGAUAAAAAGAAUAACCAGACAUAUACUUUAAUGUUUAAAAGGUGCUCUAUUUUUUUGUAUGUACAGUAGUUUUAUUUCCACAGUCCACAUYGUCAUAGCAAUAAGAAUGGAGGUAUAGUGAAUAGUCACAAAGCUGUGUUUAUAAAAUGUUAGCACUGAUGUGUUUAACACUAGUUUGGAUGCAGAUACAUUAGAGAUUAUUUAUUUGCAGGAACAAAUGGUGCCUGAAUAUAAACAGUGUCCUGAUUUUCUAAAGAUGCAUAUGCCUUGUAAAUGGCUCACAGGGGUUAGCCUGCUCUCAACUUCAGUUACUUUUGUAUAGUUGAUGUUCAGCUAAAACAGUUACACUGCUUAACUAUUGGAAAACAUGUAUGGUGUGAGCCAGCCGAUCAGUUGUACAAUGCCAAAUUUGUUUAUCUUUGUACAGAAGCUUUGAUUAAGUGUCUUGUAUUUAACACCUUUAUUUAAGCUUAUUUAACCUUAAAUUGUUAAUUUUAUAAAGUUUGUUUUAUCUGCACUAUGGUGAGGUCAGUUGGUUGCAAGUUGUAAUAUUUUUAGCUUGCCAAGACUGUACUGAGGAGUUCUAGGAAAUUCUAACAAUUGGAUGCUGCUAGUACACAACGGAUUUGUUUGUAUGCUUUAACA